AUGUCUUCGCAUUAUACGACCGAGCCUCCUCCAACUGCCUCAGUUCUUCUUCAUACAACGGCUGGCCCUCUCACAAUAUCCCUAUUCGCGAACCAGACACCUUUAACAUGCAGAAACUUCCUGCAGCAUGUCCUCGACGGAGACUACGACAACAAUAUCUUUCACCGCGUCUCCCCGGGCUUUGUCAUCCAAACAGGCGAUCCGACCGGUACCGGCGAAGGUGGACAAAAUAUAUACGAGGACAGGGAAUUUGAACGAUAUGACGAUGACUGGGCGCGGCUGAUGGGGCGAGAAGAAGGCGAGAAGAUCAAUUUCGGAGAUGAAAUCCAUAGCCGGCUGAAGUUUAACAGGAGAGGGCUGGUUGGUAUGGCGAAAGGCACCGGAGACGGAGCAGGCUACGGCAGCCAAUUCUUCAUCACGCUGGGAGACUGCAGAGCUGAGCUGGAUGGAAAAUGUACCAUGUUCGGCCGGGUAGAGGGUGAUGGUAUAUACAAUGUGGUCAAAAUCGCGGAAGGCGAGCUAUUGGAACGGAGCGAAAGACCAAUGUACCCGGAGAAGAUUCGCAGGGUCGAAAUCACCGAAAUGCCCCAGGGUGAUGCAUGGCAGAAAAUGCGGAAAAGGACCAAAGUCGCGGAACGCACCGUUGAAGCUCCCGCAAAGAAAAAGGCGCUGAAAAAGAAGGGCGGGAAGACUCUACUCAGCUUUGCCGGAGAUGAAGGUGAGGAUGAUGCUGGUGAAGUUGCCGUACGACCAAAGAAGGCCAAAUUCAAUCCAGCUCUGAUCGAUAGCGAGGAAGUCCCUGAACCAAAGCCAAAGACCAAUGGUACUGCUCCUCAACCUCCCUCGAUCGAGAAACCACGACAGAGAUCACCCUCGCCCACGAUCCCGCAAAAGCGCAAAGCAAGUCCACCACCGUCGACGAAAUCUCCCUCACCGGUUCAACGCCGGAAGCCAUCAUUCCACGACCCAUUAACUCAACUCCCUCUACGUAACCCAGAAUCACCGUCUCGCUCGCCAACCCCGGUUGAGAAACCGUCAGCAUCCAGAACCUCUGCACUAGAAGCCGAGAUCGACGCCCUGAAAGCAUCCAUGCGUCGCAACGUCGACACCAAGGCCAAUGGUUCUAUAUAUAAGAAGUCAGCCUUAGAAUCCCUGAUCCCGGCAACAAGCACAAGAGGUCGCAAACGGCCUCGCCCAGGCGAAUCCAAUGCUCGUGAUGAGACCAAGGCGCUAAAAAUGCUGAACGACUUCAAAGCACGGCUGGAAUCGGCUGACGUACAGAGUAAAGCCCACUCUUCAAAAUCCACGAAUGGUCACAAAGAUGACAAAGACCACAACUUCGCAUCAACCUCCCCAGACAGGGAUCACAAACCCUCAGAAGUAGUCGCCGGUCCCACCAAACACGAUGACGAUGAAGAGGCAGCCCUAUGUGACCUCCAUUUCAUAGCAAACUGUCAAUCGUGUUUGAAGUGGGACAACCCGGCCAAUGCCGAGGCCGAAGAGUCCGAGGACGAUGCGCAGUGGAUGAGCCAUUCGUUGUCGUUCGCCAAGGACCGGCUGGGCAAGGAUCUGAACUGGAAAAAGAAGAACGAAGAGGAACUGGUAGUUAUUGAUCCGAGGGAGAAGGAGAAAGAGUUGAUAUUAGAGAGGAAGCGCGAGAGAGACAGGGAUAGGGAUAGGGAUAGGGACAGGGAUAAAGGAAAAGGAAAGAGGAAAGAAAGGUGGUAG